AUGAAGUACGCAUUCUCCAUCGCUGCUCUCGCAGCAGUUGCUUCUGCCGGCCCAGUCAUCACUCAACGUCAAGCCCAGGCCGCUGUCACCGAUGUUGGCAUCCUGAACUAUGCUCUUACUCUUGAGCAUCUCGAGGACAAGUUCUACCGUGAAGGUCUUGCCAACUACACUGCUGCGGACUUUGCCAAAGCUGGAUUCGACGCCACCUUCUAUGCCAACCUCAAGGAGAUCUCCUACGAUGAGACCACUCACGUUUCUUUCUUGACCACCGCUCUUGGUGAUGCUGCCGUUGCAGAGUGCACCUACUCAUUUCCCAGCACCGACCCAGCAAGCUUCGUUGCUCUUGCCUCCGUUCUCGAGGGCGUUGGAGUUUCUGCCUACCUCGGUGCUGCAGCCUCCAUCAUGAACAAGGACUACCUCACUGCGGCCGGUUCGAUCCUCACAGUCGAAGCCCGCCACAACGCCUACAUUCGCUCAUCCAUCAAGCAAUCCCCCUUUCCUCAACCAUUCGACGCCCCCUUGACCUUCGACGAAGUCUACACCCUCGCAGCAGGCUUCAUCGUCUCCUGCCCCCCAUCCAACGCCGGCAAGCCUCAGCUCCCCCUCAAGGCUUUCCCAACUGUCGCACUCGGCACCACCGGUCCCAUCAAGUCCGGUGACACCAUCGAGCUCUUGACUCCCGGCUACGUUUUGGCACCAAAGGAUGGAGCGUCUCCAAUCUACGCUGCGUUUGUCAGCGUCACUGGACCCAUCUACGCCGAUGUUACACCUAUCAAGGGUGGCUUCAAAGUUGUUGUGCCCAAGGGUGUCAACGGACAGAGCUACGUCGUCCUCACUGGAUGCAAGGACCGUGUCACUGAUGACACUGUUGCCGCUGGACCAGCGAUCGUCGAGAUCACCAACCCAUACCCAAGCACCGCAUAA